GGAACGGGCAAAAAAAAAUCGCGUCGUAUAAAUCGAAAUUCUGACGACAAAAAAAAUUUUUUUUUAAUAUUUAUUCUGUUCUAGUUGUCGAUUUUUCCGUCUAGAGUGGCAAAAGUUGAAAUAUUUUAAUAAAAAAAAAGUAAAAGUAUUUAAAUAAAACAUUAAAUUAAAUGGAUAGAAACAAAUGAUAUUUAAUAUAAAAUACUAGAAUUAUCAAUAUUUUGAAAGUGAUCAAGAAGAAUAUAAAAAGGACACAACCCCUAAAAAUUAUAAGUUGUUUGAGGAAAACUUUUGAUGUCACAAAAAUCAGACAUUAAUGAUGAACGCCGUGUUUCAUGGCCACAGCGUCACCAUCAACAGCAUUUUUCAUCAUCGUCUGCACAACAACAAUCUCCUGGCGAUUUGACGACUCCCGAAACUCCGACAUCGCCAACAUUUAUAUCAAAUAAUCAUCAUAGAUUAUUAAUUCCAGUACAACAACAACAACAACAAUCCUCAACAGUUACUACAUCAUCAUCUUCUUCAACAACAAUACCGCCAACAACAUUAUCACCACAAAAAGAAUUAUCCCAUUCAGCUCAUAAUGUUUCUUACUCAUCAUCAGAAUAUCCCGAGACAUAUUCUGUACUGCCAGUAGGUCAUGGGAAUUUCCUUAAAGUCUAUCACACUAUUGACACUGACCAACAAAAUCAGCAGCAACAAAUAAUUUAUAAUAAUUAUGAACUCUUUUCUAACAAUUGUCAACCAUCUUCUCAAAUAGAUUUGAAUCAAGUAGAUAACAAUUCUCAAUCCAAAGUAACUUCGUCAAAUGAUGAAUGUAUUCAAGUUCAUGGAAUGCAUUCAGUAGUUCCACCAAAUCCAUCAGGUUUUGGGGUCACAGAAGCUGCUGCUAGCACGACAAAUAUGAUUAUAAGUAAACUUGUUAACAAUUGGUCUCCCAAUCUUACAGGAACAUAUACUCAAUUUGAAGAUCAAAAUACUUCAUUUGUUGAUGGUAAAGGUUCUUUGAUUCAUGAGAAUCAUUAUACAACUCCUUUAGAUGAUUCAAGUGGUUCAUUGUCCACAGGAAAAUCGGCUCAAAAUGUUGGCCAAAAAUCUGUAGUUAUUAACAAUGCAACUGGCAACUCUGAUAAAACCCAUGAAGUUGGUAAUUCUCAUCCAGAGGUUAAAAAACGUAACAUUGCUGAAGUUAAACCUAUGCGAAUGUCUUACUCAGAUGUACUGAGUAAAAUUAACAACCAAGCUGCAGUUGGAACACCCAAUGGAGUUGUAAAUAAUCAGAAAAAUGAUUAUCCGGGACAAACUGCCAAGUCGCCAAAGUCAAAUAGUGAUAAAAUAAAAACCUCUGGCUUUCCCACCGAGCGUAAAGUUUCACCAACAGCCGCAACGGCUGACAAAAAGAAACGUAUUGAAUCUCAAUCUCAUCGUAAACUAACAGACGAAUCACAUUCAGCUUCUUUGGAUAAUUUAAGUGGAUUUAAUAAAAAAGGGGGUGAUAGAAAAAAUUCACCUACCCACGAUGACAAAGAGAAUGUUCAGAUAUUUUCAUUAAAUUCAAACUCUAAUAAAAAUUCAAAAAAGAUUCCGUCAAAAUCUUUUAAAAGUAAUAGUAAACAAACUGGGAAUCUUCCAUCUGAUGCAGGUGAUUACAACAAAAAGAAAUACAAUUUGAAGCGCGACGAAGAUCAAACAAAAUCUUCAAAUUUAAACACAUCACAGUCGUCCUCCUCGACAAGUGGUGGUGGUGCAGCAAAUUAUAAAGAAGGUUUCUACAAUGUUUCCAAAACGAAUAACAUGCAAUUUGAGCGAUUUCAAAAAUACAAUACCUCGCAGCAAAAUACCAAUUCAUCAUCAUCGGUCGGUAAUAAUAUUAAAAAGAACCGCCUUAACAGUAGCGGAACAUGUCUUAAUUCUAAGACAAGUAAUCGUUUUGAAAAACAGCUCACUACCAGGCGCGGUGGUCAAAACCGUGAUAUUCAAAAGAAAUCUUCGAAUGACAAAUAUGAACUCUUGAAGACACUUGUAAAAAAUUUCUUAUUAAAGUACACAGUGCAAAUUCUCACCUGGUUAUUUUACUUAAUGUAUGACAUUAUUGUAAUAGGUUUCAGUAUAUUAUAUGAAAGAUUAUCUCAAGCAUAUGACCAUGGUUAUGCGUACUUUUUGAUUUUACGUAAAGAUCUUCAACAAAAUUCAAAUAAACCAAGCAUUUGGAUUCGUAAUUAUUUGAAAAAAAUUGAUAGUAAAUUUAAGAAAAACUCAAAAUGGGCAUUUUGGAGGAGAUUUUAUAAAAAAAAGUUGACACAAAGUUCGACGGAAUCAUUUAAAACAGGACGUUUACCACAGACAGGUGAAGAAGCAAUGUAUUCGUUAUUAAAUUGUAAAGGGAAAGAUGCAUACAGCAUAUUAGGCGUUCCAGCAAAUAGUUCACAAGAACAAAUACGAAAGCAUUAUAAAAAAAUUGCAGUUCUUGUACAUCCAGAUAAGAAUAAGCAACCAGGAGCUGAAGAAGCAUUCAAAGUUCUUCAAAGAGCUUUUGAACUUAUUGGCGAGGCGGAAAACCGAGCUGCUUAUGACCAGAGUUUAGUCGAAGCACUGCAUGCAGAAAAAGCUUGGACUGAACUUCACGACUUAUUAUCUCAAUUGCAGACAAAAAUUGCUGAAGCGGCCAAUACAAUAAGAUGUAGUAGUUGCGGACUCCGACAUCCAAGAAAGAUAACCGAUCGACCUCAUUAUGCUGCCCGAGAAUGUGGGUCAUGUAAAAUAAGACAUUCAGCAAGAGAAGGUGAUAUUUGGGCGGAAACGAAUUGGCUGCGAUUGCAUUGGAAAUAUUUGGCUUUAAUGGAAGGAAAAGUAUAUGAUAUAACUGAAUGGGCUUACUGCCAGAAAGGCGCGUUAUCACAUUUACCGCCAAAUUCUCACAUAGUACAAUACCGCAUUGUCCGUGGUGGCCAACAGCAGCAGCAACAGCAGCAACAACAACAAAAACAACAACCAAAUUCUCAGCCACCAAGUGGAGCAACUCUUGAUGAGUUCCUGGAUAAUUUAUACAGCGGUCAAAAUCAACAUGGCACGUCCCAAAAUGCAACUAGAAGACGACCCAAACGUAAUUAAGUACAACUUACAACAAUAAUUUCUUAGUUUCCAUCCCAUUCAGUUGUUUGUUUUUGCUUAGAAUCCCAUCCUCUCCAGUUGUUCGAUUUCGAAAUAAAACUCUUGCCCAAUGAAAUUUAAA